AUGAACUCCCCUUCUUCCGCAAAGUCAAGGGUGGCACAAGAGCGCGCUGCAAGCUAUAGCAACCCGCAUAGCAGGCCCGGAGCCCCCUCCGCCCGCGUUCAUGGAAGAGUAACCUCCAGACAGGAAUCGCCGUUUUCAAGAGAGACUACCCCAAUAGCCGAAGGCCGGCCUACUAUAAAAUCCAUAAAUAAGAGCCAUGUUACGGCCAGCGAGGUGCGCGCGGAAAGAACCACCGUGAUGACCAGGGAGAAGAUGCAGGGCAAACAACGAUCUGCCAAAGAGAAUAUUGCGCCAGGAAGCCCGAGGGACUGGGACAAGAGUCGCAUGAAGAGGGAGCAACAUAGAAGCAAUUCGAUGGCUAUGGGGACUGAAAAACCCCAGGUUGAAGUGCCAUGGAAUCCAACCGUGUCACUUAUACCUCACUCUGCCGCGCCUCUUGCCUGUCGAGUCUCCAUUCCGCCACUGUUCUCAGACGUACCGAAGGCCCUACGUCCGGAAUCUCUUCGAGGCCUCUCUUUAGAUGCGCAGGAAUCUGCAAUUCUACAAGACCUGCUAUUUGUGUUUAUGGGGUACGAAGGCCAGUACAUACACUAUGCUAAUACAUACAGCCCGUCUGUGGAGACGGAUCGUUUGGUAGGGCCCUCUUUUCAAAUAACACCCGGUCUUGAUCCAAGUUUGAGAGACCUGACGAUAGCAAUGUUAAAAAUGGCUACACACUACAGCGCAAUGGAAGCAUUUGUAGAGGUGCAAAGCAGGUCUGAAUUCGGUGCGGUCAACCAUGCACUGUGCGCAACAAUACGGAAGCUCCUGAAGGAUUAUUUGAUUAUGGUGGCUCAGUUAGAGACUCAGUAUAUCAAUAACCCGAACUUCACUCUGCAUGUCAUGCACCUCCAUACAAUGCCAACUAGCCAGACAUUAGUCCAGUUGUACUCCCUUGGGCAGGAACUGUUGAAAAAGAAUUCUCUGUUGGCUCAAGAUCCAGAUGAAUCAAUUGAUGAUUUUGAUGAUGUGGAUAAUAUCCUAGAACAGCUUCGUGAGGGAGGGGAGCUGGCCCCGGGAAGCAUGUCUAAGAAGCUUUGCAAAGGUGGUAACGUGCUAGGGCUCAUUAGCCAACGUCUGGCUACAUUCUCAGGAGACCCCGCUACCGGUGUAUUGCUUCAAACAUUGUUACGAGAGGCCAGUCGACCAUAUAUGGCCAUGUUGAACGAGUGGUUGCACCAUGGUGGAAUAAGAGAUCCACACGCUGAGUUUCUUGUUAAGGAGCAAAAGGGUAUCAAACGCGAUAAGCUUGAAGAGGAUUAUACCGAUGAAUACUGGGAAAAACGAUAUACAAUUCGCGAUCAGGAAGUUCCCCCGCAGUUAGAUGCUGUCAGGGACAAAGUCUUACUGGCAGGAAAAUACCUGAAUGUCGUCAGAGAAUGUGGAGGUGUUGAUAUCAGCAAGGAAGUAAAGGACGUUCCCAAAACGUUUGAUGACCCACGCUUCCUUGAUAAUAUAAACGGUGCAUAUGCGCACGCAAAUGCAUCACUUUUACAUCUUUUAUUAACAAAAAACUCUCUCACAACCCGUUUCCGCUCACUGAAACACUAUUUCUUCUUGGAUCGUUCUGAUUUCUUCUCAUACUUCCUUGAACUUGGUGCCUCGGAGCUUCGGAAACCUGCGAAACAUGUCAACGAAGGAAAGCUUCAAUCCCUCCUGGAUAUAGUACUGCGACAACCGGGAAGCAUUGCUGCUCAGGACCCAUUUAAAGAGGAUGUGAAAGUCAGGAUGAAUCAAAUGGGCCUGACAAAAUGGCUAAUGCGUGUCGUGAGUGUAUCUGGAAUCGAUCAGGAUAAUCCUGAGGGAGGCAUGGAAAAAUACCAAACUCCUGCUCCUCAAUCAUCUGAAAACGAGAAGGACAUUAUCGGCUUCGAUGCUCUCGAACUCGACUAUCUAGUCCCGUUUCCCCUUUCAUUGGUGAUCAGCCGCAAAACCGUUCUCCGGUACCAACUUGUCUUCCGGCAUCUUCUAUCCCUGAGACAUCUUGAGACAUUAUUGGUUACCUCAUGGCAAGAGCACAGCAAAUCCACCAGCUGGAAACACAAGUCCUCCGACCGCAAAGUUGAGCUUUGGAAAAGGAGGGCAUGGACACUUCGUGCCAAGAUGCUUGUCUUCGUACAACAGUUGCUCUACUUUUGCACCGUCGAAGUGAUGGAACCUAAUUGGCAGAUAUUGAUGAACAGAGUUAAUGGUGACGGCACUGAGGCAACGGAAGUGACGGUAAAUGGGACGAAACAAGUCAACAGAACUGUGGAUGAGUUAAUGCAAGAUCAUGUCGACUUUCUUGAUACUUGUUUGAAGGAGUGCAUGCUUACUCAGGGGAAGCUGCUAAAGAUUCACUCCAAACUCAUGACAUGCUGCACUAUGUUUGCAUCCUGGUCUGCGUCCUCGUUGACUCGCAGCCUGUCCUCGGCAGACCCGGAUUUGUCAGGGACUCUAGACCCGUCUAAAACUUAUGACCCUCUAAGACUUGCAAAACUGGAGGACACUCUUAAGCGAUAUGAGGAUCAUUUCAGCCGGCAUUUGCGAAUUCUGAUGGACAGUCUCAACUAUUUUGCUGCUACGGAGAGUGUAGUGCUACUAAAGCUUGCCCAUUCUUUAAGCGCAAUAGGGAAUGAGGAAUGA